UUUUCACCUGAUGGUCUUUGUCUGCCUUUAGACUUCCCAAGUAAGAAGCGGAAACGGAGCAGAUGGAAUCAAGAUACAAUGGAACAGAAGACAGUGAUUCCAGGAAUGCCUACUGUUAUUCCCCCUGGACUUACUCGGGAACAAGAGAGAGCUUACAUAGUGCAACUGCAGAUAGAAGACCUGACUCGUAAACUGCGCACAGGAGACCUGGGCAUCCCCCCUAACCCUGAGGACAGGUCCCCUUCCCCUGAGCCCAUCUACAAUAGUGAGGGGAAGCGACUUAACACCAGAGAGUUCCGUACACGCAAAAAGCUGGAAGAGGAGCGGCACAACCUCAUCACGGAGAUGGUUGCCCUCAACCCUGAUUUCAAGCCACCUGCAGAUUAUAAACCUCCAGCAACACGUGUGAGUGAUAAAGUAAUGAUCCCUCAAGAUGAGUAUCCAGAAAUCAACUUUGUUGGGCUACUAAUUGGGCCCAGAGGGAACACCCUGAAGAAUAUUGAGAAGGAGUGCAACGCCAAGAUCAUGAUCCGGGGGAAAGGGUCUGUGAAAGAAGGGAAGGUUGGACGCAAAGAUGGCCAGAUGUUGCCAGGGGAAGAUGAGCCACUUCAUGCCCUAGUCACUGCUAAUACAAUGGAGAAUGUUAAAAAGGCAGUAGAGCAGAUCAGAAACAUCCUGAAGCAAGGUAUUGAGACCCCAGAGGACCAGAAUGAUCUACGGAAGAUGCAGCUUCGAGAAUUGGCUCGCUUGAAUGGUACCCUUCGGGAAGAUGAUAACAGAAUCUUAAGACCCUGGCAGAGCUCAGAGACCCGCAGCAUUACCAAUACUACAGUGUGUACCAAGUGUGGAGGAGCUGGCCACAUUGCUUCAGAUUGCAAGUUUCAAAGGCCUGGUGACCCCCAGUCAGCUCAGGAUAAAGCACGGAUGGAUAAAGAAUAUUUGUCCUUGAUGGCUGAACUUGGGGAAGCCCCUGUCCCAGCAUCUGUGGGCUCCACCUCUGGGCCUGCGACCACACCCUUGGCUAGUGCACCUCGGCCUGCUGCUCCUGCCAACAACCCGCCUCCACCGUCUCUCAUGUCCACCACCCAGAGCCGCCCACCCUGGAUGAAUUCUGGCCCUUCAGAGAGUCGGCCUUAUCAUGGCAUGCAUGGAGGUGGUCCUGGCGGGCCUGGAGGUGGCCCCCACAGCUUCCCACACCCAUUACCCAGCCUGACAGGUGGGCAUGGUGGACAUCCCAUGCAGCACAACCCAAAUGGACCCCCACCCCCUUGGAUGCAGCCACCGCCACCACCGAUGAACCAGGGCCCCCACCCACCUGGGCACCAUGGCCCUCCUCCAAUGGAUCAGUACCUGGGAAGUACGCCUGUGGGCUCUGGGGUCUAUCGCCUGCAUCAAGGAAAAGGUAUGAUGCCGCCUCCGCCUAUGGGCAUGAUGCCGCCACCGCCGCCGCCUCCCAGUGGGCAGCCCCCGCCCCCUCCCUCUGGUCCUCUUCCCCCAUGGCAGCAGCAGCAGCAGCAGCCUCCGCCACCCCCUCCGCCCAGCAGCAGUAUGGCUUCCAGUACCCCCUUGCCAUGGCAGCAAAAUACGACGACUACCACCACGAGCGCUGGCACAGGGUCCAUCCCGCCAUGGCAACAGCAGCAGGCGGCUGCCGCAGCUUCUCCAGGAGCCCCUCAGAUGCAAGGCAACCCCACUAUGGUGCCCCUGCCCCCCGGGGUCCAGCCGCCUCUGCCGCCCGGGGCCCCUCCCCCUCCGCCGCCUCCGCCACCUGGUUCCGCCGGCAUGAUGAUCCCUCCCCGCAGCAGCGAUGGCCCGAGCCAUGAGAGUGAGGACUUUCCGCGCCCAUUGGUGACCCUUCCAGGCAGACAGCCUCAGCAGCGCCCCUGGUGGACAGGAUGGUUCGGCAAAGCAGCCUGAGUUAUUUUUGUGGACGGAAUCGGAACACGCUGGCUCCAUAUCGUGAAAUUUUUAUUAAUUUUUUUCUUUUUCCUUUGUUAUUUCCUUAUCUCUUCCUUUCUUCAGACUCCGUCCAAGGAGAUGCUCUCCCCGGUCUUCUGCUGCAAUUAGAAUCCUUCCCUUCUCUCCAUUCCUCCUUCUCCCCCUGCCAAGGAGAGGGGAGCAAAUGGUUUUAGGCACAGGCUUUGACUAUUAAUGUUAGGCUGAGGGGGGUCCUUUGGUUCUAAGUAUUUCAAGGGUCCAUAGCCACCCCUAAAAACGUUUGUCUUAAAUUUUUGAGUAGCAGUUUAUCUCUGCCAUCUUGUCAAAGAGACUUGUAAAGUUGCCAAGGGUGGCUUUUCAUAACCAUCCUGCACUCCUGCCAGCAGUAGGGACACAGCUGAAGCCACCUUGGACUGGCCUGCCAGCCCAGAGUCCUUUCCACGCUCCCCGACCACCUAAACUGCCACAGAAUCCAUUUGUUCCUCUCCUUCCUGGAAGCCUUCCUCUUUUAUUUUAGUCCCGAAUGUCUGAAUGUUUUGCAGUGUCUAGGGGUUUGAGCCCCUCGUUCUUUGUUCUGCUUCUCUCCCCGCCCCUUCCCUCUUCAUGGAGUGAUUAUGUUGACAAUAAUGUGUAACGCGCGUUCUCUUCACUGGUUUAUCUACAGAAAUUUCUCUGGGCUUUUUUUCGGUGUUUGAUUCAACACUGCACUAAAGGGGGGUGUUCCGUUGAAUAAAAGAGCAGUGUGGUUUUCUG